UUCCGCCUGCCCCUGCGAAUCCCGGGCUGCACGCUCGCUCGUGCCGGCGCCUCCCGCUGCCUCGUUGCCGUCGCCUCUCGGCCCCAUGGCGGGGCUGACCCUGUACGUGAGCCGACUGCCGGCCUCGGCCCGCAGCGAGCAGCUGGAGGAGCUGUUCAGCCAGGUGGGGCCGGUGAAGCAGUGCUUCGUGGUGACCGAGAAAGGGAGUAAGGCAUGUCGAGGCUUUGGCUACGUCACGUUUUCCAUGCAGGAAGAUGUCCAGAAGGCCCUCAAGGAGAUCAACACCUUCGAAGGUGGCAAGAUUUCUGUGAGUGUUGCCAAGAAAAAACUGAGGAAAAAGACCAAGGAAAAGGCAGAAAAUGAAAAUUCAGAAUCACCAAAGAAGCAGCAGAAACCUAAAAAUACCAAAGUGGCAGAUAAGAAAGCCAGAUUAAUUAUUCGGAACCUGAGCUUCAAGUGUUCAGAAGAUGACUUGAAGAUACUAUUUGCUCAAUAUGGAACUGUUUUGGAAGUCAAUGUUCCUAGGAAACCAGAUGGAAAGAUGCGUGGGUUUGCUUUUGUUCAGUUCAAAAAUCUCCUUGAAGCAGGAAAAGCUCUGAAAAGCAUGAACAUGAAAGAGAUAAAAGGGCGGCCUGUGGCUGUGGACUGGGCCGUGGCGAAGGAUAAAUAUAAAAACACCCAGCCUGUCUCUGCACCAGCUGAGGAGAAGAGUUCUUUAUCCAAUCAGGAAUCAGGGAAAGAGAAUGGCAGGACAGAGGAUACAGGAGAGGAAGAAGAUGAUGAUGAUGAGGAGGAGGAGGAGGAAGAGGAAGAUACAACAGAAGAUGAAGAGGAGAAAGGCUCACAAGGGUCUCAGCGUGUGCAGGGUCAGGAGAGAGCAGGGAAGAGGUCCUUCGUGGAGAGCAGCGAUGAUGAGGACAGUGAGCCAGAUGAGAGUGACAGUGCUGAUGACAGUGGUGAAGAGUCAUUGGGCAGCGCCAGCAGCGAAGAAGAGCUGAAGGAUGAAGAUAUCAAAGUCUCAAAGAAGAAGAAGAGGAAAUUACCUUCUGAUGUGAAUGAAGGGAAAACUAUUUUUAUCAGAAACCUGUCCUUUGACUCUGAGGAAGAGGACCUUGGGGAGCUUCUUCAGCAGUUUGGAGAUCUUAAAUAUGUGCGCAUUGUCUUGCACCCAGACACGGAGCACUCAAAAGGUUGUGCCUUUGCCCAGUUCAUGACUCAGGAAGCAGCUCAGAAAUGCCUUGAGGCGGCUUCUCUAGAGCCUGAGGUUGGUGGGCUUAAAUUGAAUGGCCGUCAGCUCAAAGUUGACUUGGCAGUAACACGGGAGGAGGCUGCAAAGCUUCAGACAAAGAAGGUGAAGAAACCGACGGGAACUCGGAACCUUUAUCUAGCCCGGGAAGGCCUGAUUCGUGCUGGGACGAAGGCUGCAGAGGGUUUGAGUGCUGCGGAUAUGGCCAAAAGGGAACGGUUUGAGCUGCUGAAGCAUCAGAAACUCAAGGAUCAGAACAUCUUUGUCUCCCAGACCAGGCUCUGCCUGCACAAUCUCCCAAAGGCCGUGGAUGACAAGCAGCUCCGAAAGUUGCUGCUGAGUGCCACCAACGGGGCAAAAGGAGUGAGGAUCAAGGAGUGCAGAGUGAUGCGAGACCUUAAAGGAAUCCAAGGGAACACGAAGGGGCAGUCGUUGGGCUAUGCCUUUGCUGAGUUCCAGGAGCACGAGCAUGCUCUCCGGGCCCUGCGCCACAUCAACAACAACCCAGAAAUCUUUGGACCGCAGAAGAGACCAAUAGUGGAGUUCUCUUUGGAAGAUCGACGGAAACUUAAGAUAAAGGAGCUAAGGAUUCAACGAAGCCUGCAGAAAGUGAAGUCCAAGUCCACAAGUGGUGAGCCCCAACAAGGGCAGCCGAAGACUAGAAAAGACCAGCCUCAGAGAGCAGCUCAGAACUACACUCAGUCACAGUGCAAGGCCCCAGCUGGGCAGAAGGGGAAGCCGGAUACUGCACCUCAGAACCACACUCGAUCACAGCGCAAGGCCCCAGCUGGGCAGAAGGAAAAGCUGGAUGCUGCCUCCUGGGCAGGCUUUCAGACCAAGGCUGAGGUGGAACAGGUAGAAUUGCCAGAUGGAAAGAAGAGAAGGAAGGUCCUGGUGCUCCCAUCCCAUCGAGGCCCCAAAAUCCGAUUGCGGGACAAAGGCAAAGUCAAGUCUCUCCCUCCCAAAAAGCCAAAGCCUCAGAUCAAUCCACAGAAGCAAGAGAAACAGAAAUCACCUUCCAAUCAGGCACCUCAGAAAAAGACUGCUAAGAGAAAUAAGGCAGAGAUUCGGUUCAACCAGCUGGUCCAACAGUACAAGCAGAAGUUACUGGGACCUUCUAAAGAAGCUCCUCUUGCUAAAAGGAGCAAAUGGUUUGACAGCUGAUGGCAGCCAUCUGGAGAAGCUGGACUGUCACUCCUUGUUAAGCUCCCAGGCUCCCUUCCUUCCACCUCUCAUUGAUUGUGGGAAAAGAAACCCCACAACACUGCUCUGGGGACUCCCUGUUCUGUUUACGUCUGAACUUUGCUCCCUCCCUAGUGUGUGGUCAGGUAACCACAAAGAGAAUUAUCAGGAAAUCAUUCAGCUGCUUGUGGUAUAUUAUGUGGAGUAAUGUAUGUGGUUGUGUCUUCAAUUAUUACCCAUUUUAAGUCUUUAUUUCUCAAGUGGAAGCAGUUGUAAAAUGCACUUUGAGUGCUGAAUGUUGAAGAUGUAUAUUUUAUGAAGUGUCUUCUCUAAAUGAGGUAUUUUGUGGCUUUUUGAAUAACAGACUGUGUCUCACUUCUAA